AUGAUUAAAAUGAGGAGGGAAACAAAUUUCAUGUUGAAAUUGAGAAGAUAUGUAGGACAAACAAGGUACUUCAAUAGUGGAAAGUGCAUAAUGGCUAAUCGUAAGGAUAUCAUAUAUCAGCACUUCUUGGUGAAUAAACGACAUUUAAGUAUUCAUGAAUACUUAUCAGUAGACUUACUUAAAAGUCAUAAAAUUCCAUGUCCACAAGGGUAUGCAGCUAAUACACCAGAAGAGGCAGAAGAAAAAGCAUUAGAGUUACAAAAUCUUUGUGGAGACAUUGAUUUAGUAAUUAAGGCACAGAUACUUAGUGGAGGAAGAGGUGUUGGUAUUUUUAAAGAAAAUAAUUUUGAAGGUGGUGUACAUAUUUGUAGAAAUAGUAUGGAAGUUAAAGAAGUAGCUUCUAAGAUGUUAAAUAAUACACUAGUUACAAAACAAACUGGUAAGGAUGGGAAGAUAUGUAAUACUGUUUUUAUAUGUGAACGGUUUUAUAUAAGAAAAGAAAGAUACAUUGCAUUUUUAUUGGAUAGGAGUUCUGAUGGAGUAUUGCUACUUGGAUCUACUGUUGGGGGUACUUCUAUAGAAGAGAUAAGUAAAAAAAAUCCGGAUUCUGUGCAUAAAUUGAAUAUAGAUGUACAGAAUGGAUUGAAACAUGGACAAUCACGUGAAUUCUGUGAAAAAAUUGGUUUUAAAAAUACAGAAUUGGAUAUAGCGACAGAUAUAAUUACAAAUUUAUAUAAAAUUUUUAAAAAAUAUGAUUGUACAUUACUUGAAAUCAAUCCUUUUUCUGAAACAAAUGAUGGAAGAGUUCUCUGUUGUGAUGCUAAAUUAAAUUUCGAUGAUAAUUCUGAAUAUAGACAAAAAGAAAUUUUUCAGAAAAGAGAUUUGUCUCAAGAAAAUCCAGAAGAAAUACAAGCCAAAAAAUUUAAUUUGAAUUAUGUUUCUCUAGAUGGAAAUAUUGCAUGUAUGGUAAAUGGAGCUGGUUUAGCAAUGGCAACUUUAGAUUUGAUAGCAUUACAUAAUGGAUCUCCCUCCAAUUUUCUAGAUGUGGGAGGUAGUGCAACAGAACAAGAAAUUUGUGAAGCCUUAAAAAUUAUUAAUAAUAAUCCAAAGGCUAAAGUGUGCUUUAUAAAUAUAUUAGGUGGUAUCAUGAGAUGUGACAUUAUUGCAAAAGGGAUAAUUAAUGCAACCAAGCAGAUAAAUUUUACCAAGCCACUUAUAGUUCGGUUAGAAGGAACUAACGAAAAAGUGGCUCAACAACUUAUCCAUGAAUCAAACAUUAAAUGCGUCUUCUGUCAAGAUAUGAAUCUUGCAGCACAAAAAAGUAUAGCUAUGGCUAAUAUAAUAGAAAUAGCAAAUAAUUCAGGGUUAAACAUUGCCUUUAAGUGA